UUGAACUAGUUUUGGACGUCACACGCCAAGCAAUGGCGGCCGCAUAGCUCGCUCUAGGAGUUCAGACACAUCCGGUUACGGCCGAUUUCGACGGAAUCAGUCCACUCUAACUGGGCAAAAAAGUCUCGGAAGUGAUCCAUCCACCAUACAGACUAGUGUUGGUUAAACACUUACUUCCUGAUUCACAAAACACCCUUGCAUUUUGGGCAUAUUACGUUGGAGUUUACCGUAAAUUUGCUCGUGGUUUUGAGUGGAAAACCGUGGGUGCGGCGAUAAGAGACAUUUAUUCAUCUCACUCGUGGAGUGAAAGAGAAACCCUUUUCGCUUUUUGGAUAAACAAGCAGGAGAGUUGAAGAAGGAAAAGUUUAGCCGAGAUGAGUGAGCACAGUAUUGCCCAGGCCAGGGCAUCUGUUAUGCUGUACAAUAAUGAAGCCAAACAAUGGGCACCGUCGGGCGGGUCACAGGGCAUUUCCCGAGUACAUGUCUACCACCACCCAGUAAACAACACAUUUAGAAUUGUAGGGAGAAAAAUGGCCGAUCAUGCGGUUGUUAUAAACUGUGCACUCGCCAAAGGACUAAAAUACAACGAGGCCACUCCCACCUUUCACCAGUGGAGAGACCAGCGUCAGGUGUAUGGGCUGAACUUCCAGAGCAAAGACGAGGCUGAUCUGUUUGGCCAGGCUGUCAGAGAUGCCUUGGAAACGCUCAAAACAAGUGCACCCCCGUCGGCAGCCCCUGUAAGGGCGUCGCCCUCCCCCCAGCAGCAAUUUUCGGGCCAGCAGGCCUUUGUCUACCAGCAGGACGGCAUGGCAAAUGGGCGGGGCAAUGAGCAAGAGGACAUGUUGUCGCAGAUCAGGAUGCGACAGGGUUACGAUCAGCAGGAUCAUGAGUACCAGAGGUCGACCAGCCAAGACCGGUCAUAUCGCUAUGACGACCAGGAAAGCUCAAGUUCUAGUCAGGUAUCAGCAUCAUCCAGUGGGCCCUCUAUAGCAAGUCAACCGCCCCAACCUCCAGCACCUCCUGCUGCCCCAUUCAUGGCCCCAGCUGCACCACCCGCACCCCCGCCGCCAGGGGCCCCUGCUGCUCCUCCUGCACCUCCCUUCGGCGGACCACCAUCUGCACCACCGCCUCCACCUGCCCCACCCGUUGGCGGCGGUGGAAGUCUUGCUGAUCAGUUGGCUGCCGCCAAGCUCAGGAAAUCAUCCAGAAAUGAGGCCGCAGAUGGGGGGAUAAGGGAACAGAGGUCCGGAUCACGAAGCGCUGGUGGCAGCGGAGGUAUUGGUGGCUUGGAUAUGAUGGCAGAGAUGUCCAAAAAGCUAGCAGCAAGACGAGCCAAGGCUGAAGACCCCGACCCUAACGGAUCGGUUAAGGACGACAUGGAUAGAUCGGCCCCCGUGUCUCGGUCGAAUCCAUCGCCUGUUUUCCCGAGUAACAAACAACAGAACUUCCCGACUCCCGCAAAAACGAGCACGGUUUCCAAACCAGAGGGACGUUUCAAUGGCGGAAAAAGCGACAUAAAUAACGACCAGCUUGAGGCAUUAAAAUCUGAAAUUCUUGCAGAGUUUCGAAUGGAAUUAGACUCCUUCAAACAAGAUAUUAUUGCCGCCAUCAGACAAGAAGUGUCACGCUACAGAUAAGCCGUCACGCCACUCUCAUCGACACGAGGUUAUCCCUCAUCUCUGAUUGGUCGGUGAGCGUCAAGGCAACAAACUAUUGAUUUUAUAUCGAGCUGUGAUUGGCUACCAUUUCUUUGGGGCCUCUUGAUCUUCUGAUAAAGUUUUCUAAUUCAUCGACUGAUGUUGGUCAGCGGAUAUCCUCAGAGACCAGCGACCUUUGCGGCCCAAAGGUCCACUAACGACUAAGGGACUUUGCCCUUUAGCAAGAGAAUGACACAAUCCAUUUUUGCGUCGCUAGUUAGAACCAUCCAAAAUCCAUCACGCUGUUAGGGACGGAGAGAGAGAGGAUGUGUCAUAAUGCCUGGUAUGGUGCGACUACCGCUGGCGACAAUGCUGGUGUAGUUUAACGCCGUGUUGGAAUUUGCUUGUUUGGAAGGUACCGAUAAAUAGCUCGUCAACAUCUCUUUGGCCUACUGAGCGUAAAUAGCAAAGCUGGCAGAUGUUGGCUCAGUUUUGCACGGGGCAAGACAGGCAGUUUUCUUGUAAGUUUGUCGUCCUUUCGCUUCUUAGUUUGGUCUUCUCGGAUUAGGUUCCAAAUUGUAAUACUGUAAUGACGAUCCUAUCUCCUCGUUAUGCCUAAGACGUGGACGGGUUCAUCCCUCCUUUGCGUCCACAUGCUAUUCUCCUCGGAAUCUUCUCGGGGGAAAUCCGUGACAGGUUCGGCACAGUUUCGUAAUGUAUUGUCUAACUGAACCUUUUCUCUGUCUAUAUUCUAUUUUUUACAGAUUUAGAAAACAAGGAUUAAAAGAAUAAGAUGUCGUGUAAUUUUUGGAGAAAGUGCUUAGCAAUCUCCCUCUGUGACCUUGUUUAAACGGGUCAAAAGAAUAAUUCGCCAUUUGUAAGGCACUAGAUUUAGCAUUUUAGAGCGGGAAAAGUUCAUAUUAUUAUACAUAGUCAUUUCAAGACUAUAUCUGCUAUGUCUGCUUUAUUUUGAAUUAGGUGUGUCUCGUAGUUUUACUGAAUUGUUACUAAAAUCGCAGCUUCAGACUAUAUAAGAUGGGGAGAGAGUAGUCAAGGGCUUCUGUGAACCUCUUGCUAAGAAUCUAAGCUAGGGAUUGACGUAAUAGGAUAUUCUAUGAUGUUUUGAUUUACAUUCAUAAUAGACUCGGACUCGUGUCUUAUUAGAUUAUCUUAAUAGAUUUGUAAGAUAAAUAGCAUAAGAGUAUAAAGCGUAUCAACUUGAAAAGUCCAGCGGGGGAGUUCUGAUAACAAAAUAAUCAACGUAGAUCCAACAACGUCCGCUGAUCGAUGAGGCAAGUUGCCACCGUUGUCUUACCCUCAAAGGCCUGGUGUCUAGCCUCGUUCUAGUGUCUUCGUGCUGGUCACAGGGAGACUGAGUGGUAAAUUGGCUUGCUCGCCAUUCGGGUAUCAUUCGGCAACCGUUGAGUUUUGAGUUUUAAACUAGGUUGAACUCGCUGCUAGGUGAUUUUGUUACGUGCCAGGGCUGGACUGUGUCCGCAGAUGUUUGUAAAAUGAACUAAAGGAGCUGUGACAUUGUAAUAAAUACAGAAUUUGUUUUUGUGUACCAUAAAUAAAAAAUUAGCUAAUA